CUGACUAUGAUGAGGUCCCAGAGGAGGGGCCUAGGGCCCCAGCCAGCGUGAUGACCACAAAGGAGGAACCCCCACUGAGCCAAGUCCCACGGGCAGUGAGAGUGGCCAGUCUGCUGAGUGAGGGGGAGGAGCUGUCAGGGGACGAACAAGGGGAUGAGGAUGAGGAUGAGCACGCUUAUGAAGGUGUCCCCAAUGGUGGGUGGCACACUGGCAGCCUGAGCUUACCGCACCUGCCCAGUGGUCCCCUGAUUCCUGAGCUCCUGCCACACUCCAUGGACGGGCUGCCUGGGGGUCCCACCCCCAUCACACCAGUCAUCAAGGCUGGCUGGCUGGACAAGAACCCACCACAGGGAUCUUAUAUCUAUCAGAAGCGAUGGGUGAGACUGGAUGCUGAGUACCUACAAUACUUUGAUAGUAACAAGGAUGCUUACUCCAAGCGCUUCGUCCCUGUGGCCUGCAUCUCCCGCGUGGCUGCCAUUGGGGACCAGAAGUUGGAAGUGAUCACUAAUAACCGGACUUUUGUCUUCCGGGCGGAGAGUGAUGCUGAGCGGAAGGAGUGGAUUCAGGCCCUGCAGCAGGCUGUGGCUGACCAGCGUGCCCGGGCCCGGCUGUCUAGCGCCUGUCCACUGGGAGUUCUGAGCCCAGAGCCACCUGACCGCUCCGGCAGCCUGGAGCUACGUGGCUUCAAGAGUAAACUGUAUGUGGCCGUGGUCGGGGACAAAGUGCAGCUGUACAAGAAUCUGGAGGAAUACCACCUGGGCAUUGGUAUCACCUUCAUCGACAUGAGUGUGGGCAACGUGAAGGAAGUGGACCGGCGCAGCUUUGACCUCACUACACCCUACCGCAUCUUCAGCUUCUUGGCUGAGUCAGAGCUGGAGAAGGAACAGUGGCUAGAGGCCAUGCAGGGAGCCAUUGCUGAAGCCUUGUCCACUUCAGAGGUGGCUGAACGCAUCUGGGCUGCCGCCCACAACAGGUUCUGUGCCGACUGUGGAGCUGCCCAACCUGACUGGGCCUCCAUCAACCUCUGUGUUGUCAUCUGCAAGCGCUGUGCAGGGGAACACCGUGGCCUGGGCGCUGCCAUCUCCAAGGUGCGGAGCCUGAAGAUGGACAGGAAGGUGUGGACAGAAACACUCAUUCAGGCCCUCUGUGCCACAGUCACCACCGCAGACCUGGCUGAGACCCAGGCGCUCCUGGGCUGUGGGGCUGGGGUCAGCUGCUUCUCAGGAGACCCUGAGGCCCCCACACCCCUGGAUCUUGCUGAGCAGGCAGGGCAGACACUGCAGAUGGAAUUCCUUCGGAAUAACCGGAGCACAGAGGUACCUCGCCUGGACUCAUUGAGGCCCCUGGAGAAGCAGUACUCAGUUGUCCUGCCCACUGUGAGCCACAGCGGCUUCCUCUACAAGACCGCUUCUGCUGGCAAGCUACUGCAAGAUCGUCGUGCCCGGGAAGAGUUCAGCCGACGCUGGUGUGUCCUUAGCGACGGAAUCCUGAGCUACUACGAGAAUGAGCGAACAGUGGCACCCAACGGGGAGAUUCGGGCCAGUGAGAUUGUGUGCCUGGCAGUGCCCCCUCCUGAUACACACGGCUUUGAGCACACCUUUGAGGUUUACACGGAGGGAGAGCGGCUGUACCUAUUUGGACUGGAAAGUGCGGAGCUGGCUCGUGAAUGGGUCAAGUGCAUUGCUAAGGCAUUUGCACCACCUCUGGCUGAGGAGCUUCUGUCCAGGGAUUUUGACCGACUUGGACGCCUACCCUACAAAGCUGGCUUGAGCCUACAACGGACCCAGGAGGGCUGGUUCUCUCUCAUUGGCUCCCAGCUUCACGCCAUCUUUCCAGAGGGACCCUGUGAGGAGCCGCUGCAGCUACGAAAACUGCAGGAGCUUUCCAUCCAAGGGGACAGCGAGAACCAGGUGCUGGUGCUGGUGGAGCGAAGGAGGACGCUGUACAUCCAGGGGGAGCGGCGGCUGGACUUCAUGGGCUGGCUGGGGGCCAUCCAGAAAGCAGCAGCAAGUUUGGGAGACACUCUGUCAGAGCAGCAACUUGGGGACUCAGACAUCCCUGUGAUAAUCUACCGCUGUGUGGACUACAUCACUCAGUGUGGCCUGACCUCCGAGGGCAUCUACCGCAAGUGUGGACAGACUUCAAAGACCCAGCGACUCCUGGAGAGCCUGCGGCAGGAUGCACGCUCUGUGCGCCUCAAGGAGGGCGAACAGCAUGUGGACGAUGUUUCGUCGGCACUCAAGCGCUUCCUGCGGGACCUGCCAGAUGGGCUCUUUACUCGUGUUCAGCGCCUAGCCUGGCUGGAGGCCUCAGAGAUGGAGGAUGAGGAGGAUAAAGUCUCUAGGUACCAAGAGCUUCUGGCACAGCUGCCCCCAGUCAACCGUGCGACUGUGAAGGCCCUUAUCAGCCACCUGUACUGCGUCCAGUGCUUCUCAGACACGAACCAGAUGAACACGCACAACCUGGCUAUUGUAUUUGGGCCCACGCUUUUCCAGACAGAUGGACAGGACUACAAGGCUGGCCGUGUGGUAGAAGACCUCAUCAGCCACUAUGUGGUGGUGUUUAAUGUGGACGAGGAGGAGCUGAGGAAACAGCGGGAGGAGAUCACUGCCAUUGUGAAAAUGCGUGUAGCUGGCACUGCCAGUGGGACCCAGCAUGCUGGUGACUUCAUCUGCACCGUGUACCUGGAGGAAAAGGCAGCGGAGACAGAACAACAUAUUAAGGUUCCAGCAUCCAUGACAGCUGAGGAGCUCACCCUGGAGAUCCUGGACCGUAGGAAUGUGGGCAUUAGGGAGAAGGACUAUUGGACCUGCUUUGAGGUCAACGAGAGAGAGGAGGCAGAGCGCCCCCUGCAUUUUGCAGAAAAGGUGCUGCCUAUUCUGCACGGACUGGGCACAGACAGCUACCUGGUGGUGAAGAAGUACCAAUCCAUGGAAGCCAUGAUGCUGUACCUGGCCAGUCGUGUAGGUGACACCAAGCAUGGCAUGAUGAAGUUCCGUGAGGACCGCAGCCUCCUGGGCCUGGGCCUGCCUUCUGGUGGCUUCCAUGAUCGCUACUUCAUCCUCAACAGCAGCUGCCUACGGCUCUUCAAGGAGGUCCGGAGUCACCGGCCUGAGAAGGAGUGGCCCAUCAAGAGCCUCAAAGUCUACCUAGGAGUGAAGAAGAAACUCCGGCCACCCACCUGCUGGGGCUUUACAGUGGUGCAUGAAACAGAGAAACACGAGAAGCAACAGUGGUACCUGUGCUGUGACACGCAGAUGGAGCUCCGGGAGUGGUUUGCCACCUUCCUGUUUGUUCAGCAUGACGGCCUAGUGUGGCCCUCGGAACCUUCACGUGUGUCUCGGGUGGUGCCUGAGGUCCGGCUGGGCAGCGUAUCACUGAUACCCCUGCGUGGCAGUGAGAAUGAGAUGCGUCGGAGCGUGGCCGCCUUUACCUCGGACCCCCUGUCUUCUGGAGAUAUUCUGGACAACAGCACCGUGCUAGAACAGGCCUAG